GUCAUCUGAUCACAUGAUUAAUCAUGUGAUAAUUGAUUAAGUACAUUGUACUAUAUGUAAACAAAGUACAUGUGACAGAUUUAUUGGAGAAAAAGUUCUUUAGUGAAGAUGCCGUCAGCUGUUAUAAUAUGUCCUGUGUGUAAUGCAAGCCAUGUUCCCGUGUCGACACCGGCUCCAUCUAGUGGUGUCCAGGCCGCUACCUGCGCUCAUUGUGGUCACUUCUUCAAGUUUCGAACUCAUGGUCCCACAAAGUCAAAUAUAACACUAACGGUUAACGGAAAACAAUACACAGUUGGCACGGAGUAUGGACCCAGCACUGCCCUGAACACGUUCUUGCGGGACCAGAGAAUUUCAGUUGGUACAAAACAUAUGUGCUUCGCGGGAGGAUGUGGAACGUGCCUUGUGGAAGCAAAACUGUUCGAACCUAUCUCCGAAGAUCGAUUGAGUUACGCUGUGAACUCGUGCCUUGUACCGCUUUAUUCCUGUGACGGCUGGGAGAUUCGGACAGUGGAGCAUAUAGGGAACCUACGUAAUGGUCUACAUCCCAUACAGAAACAGAUCGCCGAUUACAAUGGUUCGCAGUGUGGUUAUUGUACACCGGGACAAGUCAUGAACAUGUUUGCACUGACGGAAUUCUAUGGGACUGGCUUAACAAAGAAGCAAGUGGAAGAUUCCUUUGAUGGUGUUAUUUGCCGUUGUACAGGUUUCAGGCCCAUUCUCGCCGCCUUUAAGGAUAUGGCAAUUCCUCACAACAAGAAAUGUAGUGAAGGGGUUGGAGAUAUUGAGGAUUUGAAAGGCAAAAUAUGCUCUCGUACGGGAAAGUCGUGCAGUGGCACAUGUUCGCCGGAAGCAUCCGGGCCUAUGACACACAUGGUGUUUGCAGAUACACAAUGGUUCAAACCGACGACAGAAAAGGACGUGACAGCUAUACUGGAAGCAAACAAGGGCAAGAAAAUAAGGUUUCUGCUAGGGAAUACUGCACAUGGUGUGUACAGUGACCAGAGCCCAGAUAAUUUCGAUGUUGUGAUGGACCUCACAGGAUUCAGGGAAAUGUACGGCAUAUCAUUUGACUCGGAUAUAGUAUUAGGAGCAGGUCUGACCUUGACACAUUUAGUUGACAUCUUUACGAGGAUGGCACAAGCAGAGGAGUAUUUCGGAGAAUGUGCUGCAUUGUUACAGCGCGUUGCUAACCUUCCAGUUCGUAAUAGAGGAACGUGGGCAGGCAACCUCGUCAUGAAGCACGUGCACAGAGAGUUUCAAUCAGACAUCUUUGUUCUUUUUCAAGUACUUAAGGCACAAAUAUGGACAGGUUUUAUGGGCGACUCCAUUGAUAUCACGGAUUUUCUCAGUACAGAUAUUAGUGGUAAAUUAAUUCUGGCUAUGAGCUAUACGGACCUUAUUGAUAAAGACGAAUAUAUCAAAUUUUAUAAAGUGGCACAAAGAAAUCAGAAUGACCACUGUUACGUCACUGGCGGAUUUAGAGUGAAGCUUGAUAAAACACAAGGAUUCCUGGUCAAAGAAACCCCAGUGUUAGCCUAUGGUGGCAUUGGGACAAGUUUCAAUCGAGCAAGUAAAACUGAGGCAUACUUGAAUGGAAAGAAUCUUGGAGACGCAACAGUUCUUAAAACCGCGUUGAUGACCUUAAAGUCUGAAGUCGUUGCUGACAGUUCUCCAGUAUUGUCAAGUCCAGAGUACAGGAAAAGUCUAGCACUGUCUUUGUUUUAUAAGUUUGUGUUGCACAUUGUGGGAGACCAAGCAUGGAUAAAAUUUAGAUCUGGCUCCUCCCAGCUAUAUAUUGAUAGACCUGUUUCGUCAGGACAGCAAUCAUACGACACGAACAAGAUAGAAUGGCCAGUCACAGAACCCCUGAAGAAGUUGGAGGCAAACGCACAGGCUUGUGGAGAGGCAGUGUAUGUGGAUGAUAUACCAGCGUACCCGGGCCAGCUUGAAGCAGCCUUUGUACUGAGUACAGUUGGGAAUGCCACUUUACAGUCUAUUGAUGCUACAGAUGCACUGAAAAUUUCCGGAGUUGUAAAAGUCAUAACAGCCAAAGACAUACCAGGUGUUAACAACUGGAUUUUCCCACCAUUUUCUCCCGAAGAGGUGCUUGUCAGCGAAACCGUAUCUUACUGUGGUCAGCCAGUGGCAAUAGUUUUAGCAGAAUCAUAUGGUACGGCACUGGGGGCAGCUUUUGCUGUUAAAGUUACAUACAGCAAUGUCCAGCCCCCAAUCCUUACUCUGGAAGACGGUAUCAAACAGAAAUCCUUCUUCCCUAAACAAUGUGAUGACAAGGUUGUCGGUGAUCCAGACACCGUGAUAGCUCAGUCACCCAAGAAGAUUCAGGGAGCUAUCUCCAUGGGAACACAGUAUCAUUUUCACAUGGAAACACAAGCGAGUCUCUGUGUCCCUAGAGAAGAUGGAAUGGACGUAUACACGACCACACAGUGGCUAGAUAUGAGCCAGUCUGCCAUCGCACAAGUAACAAAGCUGCCUAAGAACAGUAUUAGUGUGCAAGUAAAGAGACUGGGUGGAGCGUAUGGAGGAAAAAUAUCCAGGAACAGUUGGAUUGCCGCUGCUUGUGGACUCUCUGCUUAUCUAACAAACAGACCUGUUAAAUUAAGGCUUACUCUCGGGGACAAUAUGAAGGCGAUUGGGAAACGAUUUCCUUUUAAGGCAGUUUAUGAGGUCGGCAUGACUGAGGUCGGCCUGCUGAAUGGUAUUAAGUUAACAUACUAUGCCGACUGUGGAAAUAGCGCCAACGACAAUUCUCUACCUGCAAUGCCAGUCUGGGCUGACAAUGCAUACUAUUGUCCGAAUUGGUCAAUAUCUUGCGAGGCUGUGAAGACAAACAAACCUGCAAAUACUGCUGCCAGAUCUCCUGGAAUCAAUAAUGGAGCCCAGGUCGCCAAAAGCCUCAAUAAAGACCCACUUGAUAUACGAUCACUGAAUAUGUACACAGAUACACAGACUGACCCACUGACACAGAUGGUGUUGACAAAUUGUGAGCUCAAACCUCAGAUAGCGCAGCUGCAAGCCAGUGCUGAAUACAAUGACAGAGUGCAGAAAGUCAACACAUAUAAUCAGAACAACAGAUGGAAGAAAAAAGGUGUUUCUCUUGUUCCACUGAAGUUUGGUAUAGACUGGAGAGGCGCGAGAUACGGCUGUCAGGUGUCCGUUUACUGGAACGAUGGUACAGUGGCAAUAUCACAUGGUGGUGUUGAGGUUGGACAGGGUAUCAAUACAAAGGUUGCACAAGUAUGUGCAUAUGAAUUUGGUAUUCCUAUGGACAUGGUUAAAGUAUUGCCGACGAACUCUCUGGUAACGGCCAAUGGUGUAACAACUGGAGGAAGUAUAACAACAGAAAAUUGCUGCGCUGGCGUGAUUGAGUGUUGCCAAACGUUGAAAGAAAGGAUGGCCCCUGUAAUAGCCAAGAUCACUGACCCAACAUGGCUGAAGGUCAUCAACGAGUGUUACAACGGAGGCAUUGACCUAAGUGCUCGAUACAUGUACAGAAAUCCAGUGAUUACAGUGACAAUCCCCGACCAGAAAAGCCUUUUCCAGUAUUACUCGUACGGAGCAACUAUUGCAGAGGUUGAUUUUGAUGUCCUCACAGGGGAACACCAGCUUACCAGAAUAGAUAUAUUAUUUGACAUGUGCGGCGGAAAUACAAAUCCGGCUUUAGAUGUUGGUCAAGUGGAAGGGGCGUUUGUUAUGGGUCUAGGAUACUGGCUGACAGAGGAAUGCAAAUAUGAUCCAAACACAGGAGCACUAGUCACAGACAGCACUUGGGAGUAUAAACCCCCUUCCUCGAAGGAUAUUCCUGUAGACUUCAGAGUAAACUUUGUAAAGAAGAAUCCCAAUCCUAGAGGUGUACUUGGUGCUAAAGCAUGUGGUGAACCGCUCCAUUUGCAUGAGAAAUGCUCUGCUCGGUUUGCGUUGAAAAAGAGCAUCGAAUCGCAGACUGACGCCGAGUUAAUAACUUCUUUCAUGGACCUGCAACAGUAG